AUGCAGGUCCCCAUGAGCGGCGCUUUCGACACGACCGUGAGCAAGGUCGAAAUACGGAUCUCGUGCAGGAAUUUGAUUCGUUUGGAUGUCUUGUCCGAAUCCGAUCCUCUGGUGCGCGUUGAGCAGUUCGACCCCACCACGGGUCGCUGGAGCGAAGUCGGCCGCACCGAGUGGCAGCAGAACCAAAAGAACCCCAACUUCGCACGCUGCGUCCCGAUGGACUACUGGUUCGAGAAGGCACAACAGGUCCAAAAGCUGCGCUUCCAGGUGUUCGACAUCGACAGGCCCGAUUCGAGCUUGAACUCGAGCCAAGAUUUCAUCGGCGAGGCCGUCGUCAACCUGGGCGACAUCCUCGGUAACAAGGGCGGCACCCUCUCCCGCGAUCUCCAGAACCCGCACCACACUUCGCGUAAGAACGGCAUCAUCAUCAUUCGCGCCGAGGAGGUGAACGCCGAUGCCCAGAACUCUAUCGUCACUUUCCGCUUCAGCGGCUCGCACCUGGACAAGAAGGACUUCUUCGGCAAGUCGGAUCCGUACCUCGAGAUCUACCGCAACAACCCCGCCGACAGCCAGUGGGUGCUUGUCCACAAGACCGAGGUCAUCAAGAAGACGCUUGAUCCCACCUGGCGGCCAUUCGAAAUCGAUGCAUCGAAGCUGUGCCAGGGCGACUUCAACAGGAUGCUCAUGUUCAAGGUGUGGGAUUGGGAUUCUGAUGGUGGCCACGACCUCAUCGGUAACGCAACGACGACGCUGAACGAGAUGAUCAAGGGCAAGAGGCAGUUCGCCCUGAUCGAACCCGACCUCAUGCGCAAGAAGCGCGGCUACAAGGACUCGGGCAUACUCAACGUGCACCAGGUCGACGUCCGUCGGGUUCACUCAUUCCUCGAAUACAUCGCCGGUGGGUGCCAGCUGCGUCUGGCGCUCGCCAUCGACUUCACGGCCUCCAACGGCAACCCGCAGGACUCCAAGUCGCUCCACUACCGCAACCCAUCGGGCGAGCCCAACGAGUACCUGAAGGCCAUGAUGGCCGUCGGCGACAUCGUUGCCUCCUACGACCAGACGAAGCAAUUCCCUACGUACGGCUUCGGUGCCAAGAUCCCGCCGGCCAACGAAGUCUCGCAUUGCUUCCACGUCAACAUGAACCCCAGCAACCCCGAGUGCAUCGGCAUCGAGAACGUGAUUGGCGCCUACCAGCACGCGCUCAGCUAUGUCAAGCUGUCUGGCCCGACCAACUUCGGUCCCAUCAUCAAGCAAGUCGCCACCAUCGCCCGCUCGACGCCCCUCCAGCAGCAGGUCUACUGGAUCCUCCUCAUGAUCACCGACGGUGUCAUUUCCGACAUGGAGCGCACCAUUUCCGAGAUCGUCGACGCCUCCGAUCUUCCCUUCUCCAUAAUCAUCGUCGGUGUGGGCGAUGCCGAUUUCAAGGACAUGGACAACCUCGACUCGGAUGACCGGCUGCUCCGCACCCGAACGGGUAAGACCGCCACGAGGGACAUCGUCCAGUUCGUGCCCUUCCGCGACUACAAGCGCAAGCACUACUCGGAGCUCGCUCGGGUCACCCUCGCCGAGCUGCCCAAGCAGCUGACCGACUACUACAAGGCGCACAACAUCGCGCCCAACCCUCGCCCCGACGUUCCCAUGACCCAGGCACGCCCAGCAGCCUGCUUUGUGUGUGUGUGUGGUGUGUGUGUGUGUUGUGUCCAUGUUGCCUAA